AUGUGGAUCGAGAUCGGGGCGAAGACCCGAAGCCGCCCGACGCAGCGCCGCUGUCGUCGCCGUCAUCUCGCUGCCCGGAGCCCCCCCGCCCCCGCCGUCGCUGUCGUCUUCCUCGUCUCCGCCUCGACCUCCCCCAUCCUCGACCGCCCCGCGUCGUCCUCUGCUCGUUGGAGGGUCGCGACGUUGCCGGCCUGCCUCCUCGCCUCCUCGUCCCUCUCCUCGCCGGAACGUCGUCCCUGUCACCCUCCUCGACCCCCGCUGCCUAACCCCUACGGCCACCGUGAGCUUCCUCCCUUCCCCUCUCUAUUGCCGGCGCCGGCCACCCCGCUCGUCGCACCGUGGCCGUGCCCCGCACGCACUCACCCCACGCCCCCAGUUACUCUGCUCUGCCGUGGCCACCCCGCAUCCUGCCUCUGCUCCUCGCGCCGUCGCGCACGCGCGCACUGCCGCUCGGCCGCGCCACCAACCCCUGUCGUCGUGCGCCGCCCGGUCCCAAGGCCGCCUGUGGCCGUACUCUGGCAUCUCCCCUGUUCUGGCCACUACUCGCCGCCGUCGGCUGGCCUCGCCGUGGCCCUCGCGGCCGAUGCUCGGGCCUGCCUCGCGCCCGGGUUGGACGCCCGCGCCCGUAACCCGACGCCCGAUAGGCCCCCGUGCCUAUGA